GCGCUCAUUUGCGAGCGCGGCCCGCGGAGGGUUACACGCGGGGCGGGGCGGAGCGGUACCCAAGCAGCAGGGGGCGGGGUGUCCCGUAGGUGCGCCCUGGUUGCUCUCAGUCCCGCUCCCCGCUGCCCACGCCACCGCCGGCCGCUGCGUCUCGUCCCGCCGCCGUCGCCGCCGCCGCCCCGCCGCAGCCAUGUCCCAGGAGCUGCGGGCCGGUCGAGACGAGAUCCUGGAGUGCCAGGUGAUGUGGGAGCCUGACAGCAAGAAGAACACGCAAAUGGACCGCUUCCGCGCGGCGGUGGGCGCCGCCUGCGGCAUAGCGCUGGACAAUUAUGAUGACUUAUAUCAUUGGUCAGUUGAAUCAUAUUCAGACUUCUGGGCAGAGUUCUGGAAAUUCAGUGGAAUUGUGUUUUCACGUAUGUAUGAUGAGGUUGUGGACACAUCAAAAGGGAUUGCAGAUGUCCCUGAGUGGUUCAAAGGCAGUCGUCUUAACUAUGCAGAGAACCUCCUGCGGCACAAAGAGAAUGACAGGGUUGCCCUUUACGUUGCAAGGGAAGGCAAGGAGGAAAUUGUGAAGGUGACUUUCGAAGAGUUGCGGCAAGAAGUGGCUUUGUUUGCAGCAGCAAUGAGGAAAAUGGGUGUGAAAAAAGGAGACCGAGUGGUUGGUUAUUUACCCAACAGUGUGCACGCCGUGGAGGCCAUGCUGGCUGUAGCGAGCAUCGGUGCCAUCUGGAGCUCCACCUCCCCAGACUUCGGUGUGAAUGGUGUGCUGGACCGCUUUUCUCAGAUUCAGCCGAAGCUCAUCUUCUCUGUGGAGGCUGUAGUGUACAAUGGCAAAGAGUACAGCCACAUGGACAAGCUGUGGCAGGUCGUUAAGGGACUACCAGACUUGAAAAAAGUGGUGGUGAUCCCUUACAUUGCUUCCAGAGAGAAGAUAGACCUUUCCAUGAUUCCAAAUAGCUGUGUAGCAUGGGACGUGAUUAUGGCCUCUGGGACUGGGAAAAAGGCUCCUCAACUUGAAAAAAGUGAAAUUCCAUUUUCCUUUCCAAAAAAAAUUCUUUUUUUGGGGGUGCCUCCAGGAGGUGGCCGGACUCAUGUCUCCUCUCUGCAGGGCACCCUCAUCCAGCACCUGAAGGAGCAUGUUCUCCAUGGCAACAUGGCCAGCAGUGACAUCAUCCUGUAUUACACCACGGUUGGCUGGAUGAUGUGGAACUGGAUGGUGUCCGUCCUUGCCACUGGAGCAGCCGUGGUCUUGUAUGACGGCUCUCCGCUGGUGCCCACGCCCAACGUGCUCUGGGACCUGGUUGACCGGAUAGGCAUCACCAUCCUUGGAACAGGAGCCAAGUGGCUAUCUGUGCUUGAAGAGAAAAACAUGAAGCCAGUGGAAACCCACAGUCUCCAGACACUUCAUACAAUCCUGUCCACUGGUUCCCCACUGAAAGCCCAAAGCUAUGAAUAUGUCUACAGCUGCGUCAAGAGCAGUGUCCUCCUGGGCUCCAUCUCAGGGGGCACCGACAUCAUCUCGUGCUUUAUGGGCCAGAAUCCCUCUGUUCCUGUGUACAAAGGGGAGAUCCAGGCCCGGAACCUGGGCAUGGCCGUGGAAGCCUGGGAUGAGGAAGGAAAGGCAGUGUGGGGAGAGAGUGGUGAGCUGGUGUGCACCAAGCCACUUCCCUGCCAGCCCACGCACUUCUGGAACGACGAGAAUGGGAGCAAGUACAGGAAGGCAUAUUUCUCCAAAUUCCCAGGUGUCUGGGCACAUGGUGACUACUGCAGGAUCAACCCCAAGACUGGGGGCAUCAUCAUGCUGGGCCGGAGUGAUGGCACGCUCAACCCCAAUGGAGUGCGAUUUGGCAGUUCGGAAAUCUAUAACAUUGUCGAAGCCUUCGAGGAGGUGAUGGACAGCCUCUGUGUCCCCCAGUACAACAAGGAUGGGGAGGAGAGGGUGCUCCUUUUCCUGAAGAUGGCUUCCAGCCACACGUUUGGACUUCACCUGGUGCAGCGCAUCCGCAACGCCAUCCGCGUCGGCCUAUCGGCCCGGCACGUACCCAGCCUCAUCCUGGAGACCAAGGGCAUCCCGUACACCCUCAAUGGCAAGAAGGUGGAAGUGGCUGUGAAGCAGAUCAUCGCCGGCAAGGCCGUGGAACACCGUGGUGCCUUCUCAAACCCCGAGACCCUGGAUCUAUACUGGAGCAUCCCUGAGCUGCAGGACUUCUGAGUGGACCACCCUGCACGUAUUUCAGCCAUACACAUUGGUACCAUAGCUCAUGUACACUCAAAUGACUAAUGAGCCCGCAGCACUUUCAGAGGGAGUGUGACCAAGUGCUUUGGGCCUGGGAAGAAUCAUUUCUGUUUUGUAGUUCUGUCGGGUGGGUGCCUGAGUCUUCUGUUCUAAAACGGGGUCCUGAUCUUUGGAGCCGACAGGAGCGGGGGAUGUCUGUUGUGUGAAUGGCCAUGCUUUGAGAGUGUGUCCUUGCACAUGUGUGCUUGAAUGCACGCACUGCAAGAAGCUGGGGUGGCUUGUGCGUGCAGUCACAGCCAAUGCCCAGUCACGUGUGCAGUGCUGGCUGGCACCCGAGGAGUGCCUUGCCUUCAGUCUCACACCUGUGGUUCUGUUUCGCUUGUGGAGGCACAGACCAGUCUCUUCCCUUGACGGUGGUCUCCCGGCUCUGGCUGCUGUCUGUCAGGGCCUGUCCAGCUGCUGUUGCGCGGGAAGCUGCCCCAGUGUGACUUAAUGCCAUCUUCUUAGAGCUGAUUGUUAGGACCCUGGUGGCUGACUGCUCUUAUGUUGUGCAUGUGUCUUGGAUGGAAUACAUGUGGUCCCUAGUGGAACUGCGUGUUCACACGACAACUGAACCAUACUUCCCAGAGAAAGCCUCUCUGGAGAACAGUGGAUUUCAUGCUUUAAUAGGCUCUCUCUUUCACAGACUUUGAGUGGUUUCCAAAAAUUUUAAUAUUAAUUAUCUGGUGUGUGCAUGCAUUUGAAAUGGAUGCCCACCCUGUGGGUGGUGUUGCUCAUGGGGGUGUGGGCGAGUCCCCCCAGGCUACAGGUCACUGUGGAUCCCCGUAAGUAGGGCUGCCUGGCCUCAGGGAACGUGGCCUCACCACACUCCUCACCUUGGACCCCCUUGAACCUUCCUGGCAACGUGGUGUCAUCAGCAGUUGUAAAUCGUGUCGUGUGUGUGAUAACUGGGUGGUUUGUAUACACUUUUCAGUUCAGUAUAUUAACAAAUUUCUGUAAAUCUGUUGUUCAUUUUUGUAUUUUUUAAAACUGAGCACAGUGAAAAACUUUGUUGAAUCCUUUUUCUUCUGGAUUAUAAAAAUAUAAGAGGAAAAAUGCUAUGAGGAAUUUAAUGCAAUAAACAAACAUAUGUAUGUGCACACACCUAUAAA